GUACGGAGCAAGAUCAUCAUUUCCGCACCCAACUUUACCUGUCCUCGAGGCCCCGUAUAAUAGGCUGGCGUGGUCGUCAUCGCCGCCGUCAUCAGCACCCGGCGCCACAACACCGGCCCCGCGAAGGACACCCACUCGCCACUCCCGGCCCCGGCAUGUCGGCGCCGCAGCAAGUAACGGUGUCCGCGGCGGUGCUGGCGGCGGCCCUCGGCGUGACCUUCUCCGUCGGUGUUUUUUGUGGCUACAGGUUCAAGAGCUGGCGCAUGGAGUGGCUGAGGCGGCGCCGCGAGAGGCUGCAGAGGAAGAUCCAGCAGACCCAGGCGGAGAUUGACAUGAUGCAGCGGGCCUAGGCUUACAUCAGCCUUCACCUCUACAAGCAACUAUUGGUUAUCAUACCAGUCACUGUAUAAGAGCUAUACUUUAAAACUAACUGUAAAUAUCAUCUGGAGGAAGUACGCACAUGAUAUAUGGAGAAUAAAUACAUUUUUAAAUAUUGCUUAAUAUGAUCCUAAACUAGUGGAUUAUUUUAAGCUGAAAAGACUGACACAGAGAGAGAGAGAGAGAGAGAGACUGUGUGUGUGUGUGUGUGUGUGUAGAAAACCAGCUAACAGACAGUCUAAGUGUGCAUGAAUAAGGGGUAAGAGAUGGCGGAGGCAGGGUCUGUGACGGCUGGGUCGGUGGGAGGGGUGGUGGUGGUGCACGGGGGUGCCUGGGACAUCCCCCAACACCUGUGGAAGGCCAGCAUGGAAGGGGUAAAGGCAGCUGCACGCUGUGGAUACCAGGUCGUGGGUGGAGGCGGCUCAGCAGUGGAGGCAGUAGAGGCAGCAGUGAUGAUGCUGGAAGACAACCCUGCGUUUGAUGCCGGCACAGGAUCUGUUCUCACUCUGGAAGAGGAGGUUGAGAUGGAUGCACUGGUGAUGUCUGGGGCAGGGCUUCAGGCCGGGGCGGUGGCGGCCAUCAAGAAUGUAAAGAACCCAGUGAAGGUGGCACGGCUGGUGAUGGAGAAGACACCUCAUGUGAUGCUGGCAGGAGAGGGAGCCAAUCACUUUGCUGCCUCCCACGGUAUCACACAGGUGCCCCCGGACACACUGGUCACUCCCUAUGCCAAACAAGAGCUGGAGAUCAUGAAGAAAUACUCUACAUCAGUGGACACCCUGUUUAAUGUCUCCCCGCAAAAGCUGCCACAGAGUGGACACGACACCGUCGGUUGUGCUGUGCUCGACACUUUUUGCCACACUGCCUGUGCCACCUCUACAGGUGGAAUUACAGCUAAGAUGCCCGGCAGGGUGGGUGACACACCUGUCCCAGGGGCCGGCGGCUAUGCUGAUGAUCAGGUCGGGGCCGUGUCCACCACCGGCCACGGGGAGUCUUUGCUGAAGGUGUGUCUGGCACACCACAUCGUCACCACCAUGGCCACAGGAAUGCCAGUGAGUGACAGCAUCCAGCGGAGUUUGGAAUACAUGGGCCAGAGAGUGAGUGGCUGUGGAGGUGCCGUGGCUGUGUCCCGGUGUGGGGAGGUGGGCUUUGCCUUCACCACCCCGCGCAUGCCCUGGGCGUACGCGAAGGACAACCAGCUCCACUAUGGCAUGCAUCCACGUGAGCACAUGAAGGAAGACUUGCAGGUCAUGAGAGGACCUGUGCCAAGUGUGUGAUAAGUGGAAGUGAGUCUUUACCUUGGCUACCUCUCCUUCUGGAAAUUCUAAAGCAUGGACCUGAUCAGACUGGUAUAUUUAUCUAGAUUUUAAUUAAGCUUCAGUUUUUAACAUAAAUCUUUACCAUCCUCUGAACUCUGUUGUAUCAUGAGGCCUUCCUUUUCCGUGUGUGUCCCUAACCUGGCAUUGGAAAGUCCAUCAAGGAGGUACUGUGCCCCUAAGUUGUCACCUUCAGCCCAUGACUCCCUGUUUUAUCUGAUUGAUAGAAAACUAUUAAAUGAUGAGUGGAUGGAUGGAUGUAUAAAUGCCACUCCUCAUGCUUAUGAUAUUGCUUCGUAUUUCUCACUAUUAACAAACCUUUUUAACCCCAUGGCCCUAAAAUGCACUAAUAAAGCUUUGAUAAAUUUUGAGGUUGACUUCUAUGCUAACUUUUAAUUCAUAGCUCACUCAGCAUUUUCAAGUCACUCCUUUUUUUUAAAUAAGUAAUGAAUUUCUGUGAAAUAAGGCUGAGUCAUUAACUUGUCAGCAUUAUGCUGUAAUGUGUCAUGAACUAAUGUGGCCUGUAUCAUGUUAUAAGGAUGCAAUAAAAUUGAUGGUUAUACUUGUGGGCACCAGGUGUGUCUUUGAUCACAUAUAUAUUUGAAAGCUACAAAAUAUUAAGAAUUUAAGCAUAUUUUCACAACAUAGCAAGUUUUUUAUGUUUUACAAUGUAUCAACUAAGAAAAUUGCACUGGAGAGUAAGUGUACAAGGUAAUAUUCCCUGUUAUUUGUUCUGAAAUCUAAUGAGUCCUUGACAAGCUGUUGACAACCUCUCAAGAAGCUAGACCUGGCCUGUGAGGUGCAGCUUGGUCACAUCGUCUCAAGUGUUAGGCGGACAAAGUUAACUCUGAGAUUGAUUUUUCCACGUGAUUGUGAUGUAAUUGGUGCUGCUUGUUAUGGUUCCAGCACUCGAGUUGUAAACCUGACUCAUUAUUGGUGCUGACUUCUGCAGCGGGAAUAAUAUGCGUGAACCUCA